UUAGCUUGUCUCAAAAUCAUAAAAGCAGUCCCUUUGAAGAUAAGUUAAAAGCUUUUAUUGAUUUCAGCAUAAUAUUAUAGUAUUUUUUUUCUUGGAUUUGGAGUUUGUCAAGUAGUGUCUUUCUUUCUUGUGUCUAAUAGACAAGGUAUAUUGAUAUAUAAAGAUCACUAAUUUUUAGAUAGAACAGAGAGGUUUUAAGACACAGAAUAUUAACUAUGGAUAAUAGUGUGGAGAAGACAAGAAUGAAGUUUAAACAAGAUUCCUUGUCUGGUGCUGUGGAGGAGACGUCUGUUGAUUGGAGAGGCAGAAUCUGCAAGUCUAAGCAUGGUGGAAUGGCUGCCGCUGUUUUCGUUCUUGGGCUUCAGGCUUUUGAGAUGAUGGGAAUUGCUGCUGUUGGGAACAAUCUCAUUACAUAUGUGUUCAAUGACAUGCACUUUCCUUUGUCAAAGUCCGCGAACAUAGUCACGAACUUUGUAGGAACUGUCUUCCUCCUAUCCCUCCUUGGUGGGUUCCUCUCAGAUUCUUACCUUGGGAGCUUUUGGACCAUGCUAAUCUUUGGGUUUGUGGAGCUCUCUGGUUUCAUAUUAUUGUCCGUUCAAGCCCAUCUCCCGCAGUUGAGGCCACCUAGAUGUGAUAUGGUAUCUGAUGGAGUUGACUGUGUGGAAGCCAAGGGCUACAAGGCUUUGAUAUUCUUUUUGGCGCUCUACUUGGUCGCUCUAGGAAGUGGAUGUCUAAAACCGAACAUAAUUUCUCACGGGGCAGACCAGUUCAAGAAGGAAGACCCCAAGCAAUCCAAGAAGCUCUCCACCUACUUCAAUGUAGCCUAUUUUGCUUUCUGCAUUGGAGAGCUUAUUGCCCUAACAGUUCUUGUUUGGGUCCAAACCCAUUCAGGAAUGGAUGUUGGUUUUGGAGUCUCUGCUGCUGCCAUGGCUGUAGGAUUGAUUUGCUUGAUUUCAGGUUCAUUUUCGUACAGGAACAAGCCCCCUAAAGGAAGUAUCUUCACUCCAUUUGCUCAGGUUUUUGUUGCUGCAAUAACAAAAAGAAAGCAAAUCUGUCCCUCGAACGCACAGAUGCUUCAUGGCUGCCACAACAAUGUGUCAAGCCACGUCCCAGCCACGUCAACUGAUGCCAGCAACUUGCUUCAUACUGAAAAGUUCAGGUUCCUGGAUAAGGCCUGUAUCAGAGUCCAAGAUGGAAGUGAGGCAAGUGAGAGUACCUGGAGAUUAUGCACAGUGGCCCAAGUGGAGCAAGUGAAGAUACUUAUCUCAGUCAUUCCCAUAUUUUCCUGCACUAUAAUUUUCAACACUAUUUUAGCACAGCUUCAAACUUUCUCUGUUCAACAAGGAAGUGCUAUGAACACACGGAUCACAAAAAGCUUCAAAAUCCCUCCAGCUUCACUUCAAUCCAUCCCUUACAUCAUGCUUAUCUUUGUUGUCCCUCUCUAUGAAACUGCCUUUGUACCAUUUGCUCGGAGAAUCACCGGGAAAGAUUCUGGAAUCACUCCUCUGCAAAGGGUUGGCGUUGGACUCUUUAUCGCAACAUUUUCCAUGGUUUCAGCUGCAGUAAUUGAAAGGAAGAGAAGAACCUCAGCUCUGGAUUAUCAGGAAACGUUGUCCAUAUUUUGGAUUGCUCCCCAAUUUCUCAUUUUUGGUCUCUCAGAGAUGUUCACUGCAGUGGGUCUUAUAGAGUUCUUCUACAAACAGUCCUUGGAAGGGAUGCAAUCCUUUCUAACUGCCAUGACUUAUUGCUCAUACUCAUUUGGCUUCUACCUGAGCUCCCUCCUUGUUUCUCUAGUGAACAAAAUUACCUCUAGCUCUUCUAGUGGUGGCUGGCUUAGUGACAAUGACCUAAACAAAGACAAGCUAGACCUUUUCUAUUGGUUACUAGCUGUCCUAAGUCUCAUCAACUUCUUUAAUUAUCUUUUUUGGUCAAAAUGGUAUUCUUACAAUCCAUCUCUAUCACAUGAUCACUCUCUUGGACAAGACAUAGAGAGCCAAAACUUCAACUCUUCUAAGCGUGUUGGACCUGAAAAUACUAUAUCUUGAAAUAAUGAUUUUACUUUAGUUUUCCCUUGACCUAUAUGUCUUACUAUUGUAUAUUGUAGAGCAAGUGAACCCUAGGUAAGAUUUUUAAUUAAGUUGCAGACAACACGGAUCCGUUUGUUUCCGUGUAGCACCGCAAAAACAAACAUAAUCUAAAUGCAGUGUUUCCCUUCAACUUUCCUUCAAUGUUCACAUAAUUUGACCGUGUAAGGCAGCCUGUGGAGGGUCCCAAGUUCUUUUUAAAUUGAUUCUAAGUAUCUGUAAGGAAGUUAGGUCUAAUCCCAUCAACUACUAGAUUCAAUGCACUCUCCCAGAGUGAUCCUCCUUUUCUUCA